UGUGACGACGCUGUGCCCCUGCGCAGCGGGAACUUGGGCCUUUAAAAAGCUGAGGAAACUGCCUCUGAGCAAGCGGUGGCUACACUGGAGGCAAGCACACCCAGGUCUCACAUUAAAGAAGCCAAACUGUCUGCUUCAAAGAAAAAAGGCAACAUCCUGUCACAGGCCAUGCUCUGGCAAAAAUCCACAACUCCAGAACAAGCCCCGGCCCCACCCCGGCCGUACCAGGGUGUCCGUGUGAAGGAGCCAGUGAAAGAACUGCUGAGGAGGAAACGCGGCCAUGCCAGCAGCGGGGCGGCGGUCACACCUACAGCGGUGGUGCUGCCCCAUCAGCCUCUGGCCACAUACACCGCAGUGGGUCCUUCCUGCCUUGACAUGGAGGUCUCUGCCUCCACGGUGACAGAGGAGGGGGCCCUGUGUGCUGGCUGGCUCUCUCAGCCUGCCCCUGCCACCCUCCAGCCCCUGGCCCCGUGGACACCCUACACUGAGUAUAUGUCCCAUGAAGCUGUCAGCUGCCCUUACUCAGCUGACAUGUAUGUGCAGCCAGUGUGCCCCAGCUACACAGUUGUGGGGCCCUCCUCCGUGCUGACCUACGCCUCCCAGCCACUGAUCACUAAUGUUACGACGAGAAGUGCCACCACACCCACAGUGGGGCCCCAGCUGGAGGGCCCAGAGCACCAGGCACCUCUCACCUACUUCCCAUGGCCUCAGCCCCUGUCCACGCUGCCCACGUCCACUCUGCAGUACCAGCCUCCGGCCCCAGCUCUGUCUGGGCCCCAGUUUGUCCAGCUCCCCAUCUCGAUCCCUGAGCCAGUCCUUCAGGACAUGGAAGACCCCAGGAGAGCCAUCAGUUCCCUGACCAUUGACAAGCUGCUUUUGGAGGAAGAGGAUGGUGAUGGGUACGCGCUUAACCACACACUCUCCGUGGAAGGCUUUUAGGGCUGGUCCCACCUGAGAAUCCUGGUUCCUGAAACUGGGAUUGAACCUCAGAUCUAUGUCUGUAUGGAGAAAAACCACACUUUUUACAUGAAACUAGAAUUGUAGACUGACAUCCUUCCUUCUUCCCUUGCACCCUUCUCCCUUCUUUCCCCUCCUUCCCUCCUUUGUUUCUUCCCUUCUUUCCUUUCUCUCUGCCUCUCCCUUUCUCAUCCCCCCGACCAUUUAUGUUCCUUUUGGGAAAGGAGUUAUAGAGAUUUUAGAGAUAGUACUGGAUGGCAAGUGUUGCAUAUCUAUGGUUCAGGUGCUUUCAUUUCUGCCAUGUUUCAUUCCUGGGGAAGGCCCCUUCUCUGGAGCUCCCCCUGCUUCCCUGGAGCAGCAGCCCUGCUGAGCUGUCUUCAUCUGAGCCAGUGAUGCCCUGCCCUCUGUUGUUUUGAGAUGUAUGGUGGUGUCCUGUGGGAAAACUGGCUCUGCCAGCACCUUCAAGGGCUGACUCAAUGCCACAGUUCUUGAGCUGUCAGUUCUCAAGUGUUGCUCCUUUGUUUGCCAUCCAGUACUCACUGUUGUCCCAAUUUGUAGCCUAGGUGGCAGAGUCUCAAGGCCUGGGGCUCGGGGGAGUGGGAAAGAAAAAGGAACACCAGAGUGGGUUGGGGCAUGGUCAAAGGGACAGGGGAGGGAUGGUACAUGGUGUGUGUUAUGGGGUGUGUUUAUAUGGUAGGAGGGGGACUGUACGGGGAGAGGAAGGUUGGAUUUUAUAGGAUAGUAGGAAAGUGGAGUAAUGAUUUAGCUCCAGAUUAGUUGAUUAUUAAGGAGAAUAAACCUAAGAAAAAUUGCCCUAGUAGGUGGUGGUUUUGCUACUCUGUUUGACGACACUUGUAAAGAAAGCUCAGCUCUAAAAAGAGGAUGAGGGAUGUGUUUGCUGUUUCUUCCCAUGUCUAGACCCUCUGUGGUGCCAUGUGGAGGCCAAGACCCACUGAAGCUCCCUGUGCCUGGCUCCUUGGUCAAUGGUGUCACAAGUGUUUCUGUCAUGUUUUAAAAUCCUUCAUAAGCCACCAUUAUGUGGAGCCAAGUCUUCCCCAAGCACCAUACUUUCUAGGAGCCUUGGGAGCCUCACCCAGAAGUACAAUUUGAUUUCUUUUCCUUCUUUGCUUCCUGCCUUCCUUUCUUCCUCCCCUCUCCCUCCCUCCCUCCCUCCGUCCCUCCCUUUGUCCCUCCCUUCUUUUCUUUUUCUUUCUUUUUUUUUUCUGGAGGAACAUAAAAUUUGCAGGGGUCUGGGAAUAGUUGUCACUGGGUGUGCUUAGCUCCUGGGAGUGGCUAUGUGCUUUGGGAAUUGGCCUAUCUGUCUGCAAAUGACGUCAUUAUUAAGCAGACACACUAGUUGGUGGAAUAUGUGUAGAAGUAAUGGCCUUUUCUGGGAAAUGAUGGUUCCUUUGACACUUUUUUUUUGCUUUUUAAAAUAAAAACUGUAGAGAAAGUUGCCUUAAAUUUUUUUUUCUGAUUUGGACUUAUUUUGACCCAAAUUUUUCAGUAUCAGAUUAAAAUCCCAAUACAAAUAUCUUGAAUUAUUUUUAUUCAGGCUUAAUUUUUAAGUGUAAAAACUUAAGACAGCAUUUUAGAUAAAUUAUUUCCAUCUUUGUUGCUAGUGAUGGUGAGUAGGCCCUGGUGAUGACUGAAAGCCCUGGAUUCAUUCUGUCAGGGUUGGUCAGUUGGUUGGAGCAUUGUCCCAUAUACCAAUAGGAUUUGGGUUUGAUUCCCCAUCAGGGCACAUAUGUAGGUUGUACAUUUGAUCACUGUUUGGAUGUGUACAGGAAGCAACUGACCAAACGAUGUUUCUCUGUCCCAUCAAUGUUUCUCUCUGUUUCUUUUUUCUUCUCUCUCUAAAAUCGAUAAACAUAUCCUCUGGUGAAGAUUUAAAAAAAAACAAAACAAAAUCCUUGUUUCUUAUAAAAAACACUAUGUAAAUUCCUCACCUUACUGUUUGAAGAUUUGAUAGGACUCAAAAGCAAUCUCCAUAACAACAUGUAAAUUGGCAAGAACUGGCAAAGCAAUAAAGGAUUCUACAUAUUUACUAAUA